CACACACACACACACACACACACACACGGUGUUCAGAGGUCAGAGAAUACGGAACCUUUCUCUCAGUGUCUUUGUUCUCAGGACAAGCCAGCAGGAUUAUGUGAUGAGCAGGCGCCAUGCCGCCAGCAGAGGGCGCCAGCACGCCCACUGCACCUCCUGCUACAGCAGACGCUGCAGGGCGCCGGUGGAGGCCGGCGUGUGCUGCGCCUUGGUCCCGUGCCGCCUGCACUGCGGGGCGCUCUUCCACCUGUGCAAAGAAGAGGGGCACCUGCUGCUGUGCCCCAACAUCAGCGUGCCAUGUCUCAACGCCGCCUACGGAUGCCCCGCCCGGCUCAGGCGCUCCCAGCAGGCGUCCCACCUGCAGGGGUGUCCCGCCAGCGUGGUGGUCUGCAGCGCGGAGUGGAACCGCUGGCCCGCCGACCACACCGACCCGCACUGUUCCCAACGCCUGCAGGAGAACGUCCUGAAGGGGGGCGAGAGCCAGGAGGAGGCCCUGGAUGUCGCCAUGGCGCUGGUGGAUCAGGAAGACCUCUUUGCCCGACUGAGGAUGAAACCUUUGUUCCCUGAACUGAUGGAACCCGAAGAACAGGAGGAGGAGACCCAGGUGGACACACUAGACGAUCUUGUACCGAUGAUUGACAGCUCAAACACAGAUGAAGGUUCCCUCACUGAAAAAGACGGUGCUUGCCAGGACGUGGUGACCACGGAGACAGAUGGGGGCGGAGCCAGGGGGUCUUCGGUGGUCAACCAGGAGAAACUGAAGCUGAGUGAGAUGAUGUUCGGGAUGGAGAGAGGCGGCUGUGCGCUGGCCGAGGCCAAGCAGAACCAAUCAGAACCAAAAUCGGACUUGGUUCAUAGAGCGGGUGAUGGUCCAACGAGUGUGGACGUGAAAGACGACGGCGCCGGAGUGCUCCCAGACACCAGUAAGACGGGCCAUGCCCCCUGGCAGGAAGGGGUUCUAGAGCGUCUGAGCUCUGACCUGAGCCCACAGGAGUACAACAUGUACAUUGUCCAUCAUGGCCGCAUGCUGAUCACCUUCGGACACAUAGAACCGUGUACGCCCCGGGACAAGGACUUUGUCUACGGGAACCUGGAGCCCAUUCCCGUCCAGACCCUGCGCUCCUUCAAGGUUCCAGACAGCUACCACUACAAGCGGCGGCUCCAUCUGUACGACCAGGCCCCGGCCCCCACGGAGACCCGCAGCGUGGACACGUCAGAGCUCCAGGUCGGCGAGGAAGACUUCUUCGGCGACGAAGCGGCCGACACCCUGCUGGGCUACGCGGAGAGGGAGGUCCGAGGGCACAAGAUCAGCGAGUCCAAAGCAGCGGACGGGCUCUACGUGGACGUGGGAACGCAGACGCACUCGUUCCGCUCGGCGCCGUUUAAGCGUGACACCACCUUGGCGGAGGUAACGUCCGGCAGGCCGCAGAAGCUCCACCUGAGGUUGCAGGACGAGAGCGUGAGCGGCCGACACAACCGAGCCUGCUGCGUCUUCAACUUCCUGUGCGGCCACAGCUUCCCGCGCAGUCAGUUCUCCUCGCAUGUCAGGAACGUCCACGCUGACAUUCAGUCAUGUCUGAACGGUUGGUUUGUGCAGAGGUGUCCCCUGGCCUACCUGGGCUGCACCUACACCUGGAGGAGGUUCCGACCCGCCAGCCAUGACGCCUCAGUCACCUACAACCGACACCUGCGUACGUUCAACUUGCGUCCCAGCGGUGACGAUCUAUCUGCAGUCGCCGGUUCCGCCCUGAGCUCGCUGCCCUUCGAGGUUCUGCGUCACGUGGCCAGCUUCCUGGACAGCCUGUCAUUGUCCCAGCUGGCUCUGGUGUCCCGCCUCAUGAGGCAGGUGUGCUGCUCCCUGCUGCCCACCCGAGGCAUGGUCACGCUGCGCUGGGAGAGGACGUCCCGCCCUCAAGGAGGGGUCAGGUGGACGGCUGAGCCAGUGUGGGAGUUCAGUCGUCUCUUCUCCUCAGUGGACUCGUGGCGGAUGACGGACGCCCCCCCGAUGUCCGCCCACCUUAAAGUCUGUCCUUUCUAUGAGACCGCCUUGCCCAGUCAGCCUGUGGCCCUCUUCAGCAUAACCGAGGAACAUGGCGGUCUUAAGACGCCAAGUCUGGUCACACAUUUCACAUCUGGACGUCCCUGAGAGACACAACCUCAGAACCCUGGGAAAUGAUGAUCAGCAUGCAAGUCAGGCCUUUGUCAUCACUGCUGGACCAUCUUGGGAACUUGAAGCACGGCUAAGGUUUUAUCCACGAUGUUUCAUCUUUAACGUAAUACCAACUUAAAAGUUUUAACAAUUUUAAAAAAACCUUGAGUUCCCAAAACUUGUAAAAAAUUGAUUGGAAAAUGUUUAAAAAAUGUUAAAAGAGUUGCAUCAAAGUAAUAUUUUUUAACUUAUAAAUACUUUAAGUUGUCAUUUUUGUCCAACUUAUUUUUUCAACAAUUUUGGGAAAAUUUUAGUUAAUUUUGUUGCAUCUUCAGCUCAUCACCAACUUAUUUAUAUCACGUUUUACCAACCUAAUGCAACUUUUGAAAAAGUUGCAUGAAGGUAUUUUUUUAAACUGACGAUUGAAAUGAUGAUCAGCAUGCAAGUCAGGCCUUUGUCAUCACUGCUGGACCAUCUUGGGAACUUGAAGCACGGCUAAGGUUUUAUCCACGAUGUUUCAUCUUUAACGUAAUACCAACUUAAAAGUUUUAACAAUUUUAAAAAAACCUUGAGUUCCCAAAACUUGUAAAAAA